ACUAUCCACAAAGUUACCGUGGAAUCUGAAUAUUUAACUAACUUCUUAAAUACACCUUUCCUCUGCGAUAAGUCACAAGGCUGAGACAUCUGCUAUAAUACCUAUAUAAUUUUAUGUCAUAGUCCUAAAAUCAGCAGUCGUGAAAACGUGAAAUUGGGCGAAAUCGGGAUGUCAUCAACAACAGCAACAAAUACACCGAUGCCAUUUAAGCCUUCAUCAGUUGCAGAAGCCGACUUGCUGUUGCAGUCAUCAUUCGCGGUGCCAGCCACCAAAGCCAUUAAUAUAUCUGUAAUUGAAGGAGUCGAGGCCAAAGCGGAACCUUACAGCGUGGCUGCAAAUGCAUUGCACAGUCAAUUUAAAAUCAAGCAACAAUUGAAACAGCAAGAACUGGAUGCAGCUAAGGUUAAAGAGCUUCAAAACCAUCGACAACACCUUCAUCAGCAGACCCAGCAGACCCAGCAGCCCGAGCAGCAGCAACAACUGGAUGCAGCUAAGGUCAAAGAGCUGCAGAACCAUCGGCAACACCAACAUCAGCAGCCCCAGCCGUCCCAGCAGCAUUCACAAUUGAGUUUGUUUAGCGACAAUCUGUCCAUGUCCAUGUCCAGAUUGAAUCUAAAUAAUGGCAGCAUGGCAUCGAUCAGAAGCGAGCAACAACUAUGUCAGCUCUACAAUUCGCAACAGCAUUCGGAUUAUAUUAUCUCAGACUAUAUGGAUAAGAUUGCAACACGAAUUAGUUUGCUAGAAACAGAGCUGAAAUUUGCAUGGCGGGCUCUUGAUUUGCUGUCAAACGAGUAUGGCAAAAUUUGGACCAGAUUGGAGAAAUUGGAAAACAUCUCUGCAGAACAGCAAUCUGUAGUUGGAAAUCUAAUGGGUCUCAUUCAAACGAAGCAGCAAGAAGAACUGCAGCUGCCAAAUUCCCAAAUUCCGUUUGCAGAAUUUAUAGCAGGAAGUCAACUGUUGCCCAUGGAAUUGGAAUUGGAUGAAAAUAUGGUUAUAUUGAAUGAAUCGAAGGCAGAAAAAUCCAAGUUUCGUCAUAUCCUGGAGGGAUUCAAAGUGAAUCAUGAUGAUCUAUAUUUAGACGAAGCCGGUGCCUAUGCCUUAGAUAUGGAUAAUAACAGUGAAAACCACUAUCUGCAAGUUAAUAAAACAGACCACCUACUGAAGGAUCAGCAGCAACAGCAGCAAAAGCAGCUACAGCUGGAUGAAUGCGAUUGGCUAGUAAAUGCAGCUGAUGUGAAUCAGAGUGCCGCUCGAGCUCGAUCCCGAGCAAAACUUUACUCCGAAUCGGAUCUGCUGAUGUACGAACAGCAACAGAUAAUGGCCAACAAUGCCAGAGCCGAAUUAUUGCAGGAAUUUCUGAACGGCCAAAGAGUGCUGGAAGAAGUAGCUGCAUCGGCAUCAACAUCAGCGUCGGCAACCAUUGACUGUAGUUUGCGUAAUAUACAAAGUCCUAAGAGAUCAUCUCAGGAAUUGUUAGCUAAUACGUCUUCUGAACUCGACCAGCUCGCUGAUGAGGUGAAUUUUUUUCGUUUAACAGCCGUUAAAUCCGGCCAGGGUGGGAACGAGAUAGUACCGAUAGAAGACCCUGGAGGUACGACAAACGAUUGUGAGAUAAAUGAAAACUUCUACAAGAAUUUAAACGAAGCAUAUCGCGACAACGAUAUGACUACUGAAAUAAGUAAUGUGGAACGAUUGCUACAGCAGUCCGAAAUAGCUCACGACUCAUUGACUAAUGAACAAUUACCCGUUCCGCUUAUGCUAGCCGAGACUACUACGAAUUUUAGCAAAGAAACAACGGAGACAACGGCAUUUAAAGGUAAGGAAUUGCGAAAACAUCGAAAAAAGAAACAUCACAAGAACGAAAUGGAUAUGAUAAACAAUUUGAAACAUAUUCUUGCCCAAGCAUCCAAUACGGAUAAGACACCUGAUUCAAAUUCAAAUAACACUCAGUUGGAUUUGUCAUCGGAUGGAAACUUUGGAGGCACGACAAUUUUCUCAUCACCGGAAGAUGCGCGUGAAGAAAAUAUUGCUGUACUAGAUGCCAUGACUGAUGUUAUAAUAAGGGAAAUAAAUAAAAUAAGCGAUCUACAAUCAUUAUCGGGAUCCCAAAUACUUAAGCUACGGCAGACAAUCAGAGCUGAGCAAACUUUCUUUGAGAAACUGAAUCAAGUGGACAAGCAUCUAACGUUACUUCUCUUAAAUCCUGUCACGAUGGCUGAAGAGCUGAGACGUUUGCGGGUUAUUGAAGUUGAUCAAAAAUUUGAGCUGGUAAUGAAAAAAUUCGAGAAAAAUAUCGAUACCUUAAAGAAACUAGUUGGAAAUUCGUUUGAGCAAUAUAAAAUAAAGAAAAACACACAAUUAAAUGCCAAAUCCGUUGCCCAUUCCAAAUACAAUUCAGAAUCAAACAUAAUUCAAGUUGGCUCCGACUCACAGACCGCAACUUCUUCGAAUGAUUAUAGCGCCCAUUUGUUACGUAAUAAUUCUGAUUUGGAUGAACAAUUGAAGUUAUUAGAGACCCAGGAAAUCGAAAUAAAUCGUAAACAAAAUAUUGAUAAAAUUACAAAAAAUCGUGAGUUCGAACUGGAAGCGGUCAAGAGCCGAGAACCCUUAUUGUCGAGCCCAAGUCCAAAUGAUCAGCAGCAGAAGAGUUUCAGUUUUGCUGAACAGCCUUUAACAAAUAUUUACAAUCAAGAUGAGUAUAUAAGGUCGUUAAAAAAAAGUCUUGAAAGACAUAAUAGUAUGCUGUUCCUUUUACAUUUACAAAAUCCCGAUAAGCACAAAGAAGCCGCUAUCACCGACUUGGACGAUAUAUUGUUGGGAAUAAGCGGCUCAAGUCCUCCACCGCCAGCGCCCAAUGAUAAUGUAUUCGACAAUUUAUUGGACAUACCUGGUGCUAAUAUAUUUGCCCAACAGCUGCUUAAGCCACAGCAGCAGCCGCUGCAACAACAGCCACAACUACGAGGUAAAUCUGACUCUGUGCUAUCGUCUAUGAGUGGCUGCUCAUCAAAUUCGAAUGAGAAUACCAGUUUUGGCAAAUGCAAUGAUAUAACUGUGGAAAUGAUACAGAUGAUGAUAGAGCUACAGACGAGUGCCGGCCUCAAGUUAAAUAAGUUGAAUAAAGUUAAUAAUAUUAAUGCGGACUCAAAUAUCGAUAUUAAUAUGUAUCAGCAGCCAAAAUUGGAUAGCGAUUAUGUAUUUAGCGAGGAGAACCUCAACUAUAUACAUGAGCUAUCCAAAAAUAUACCAAUUUGCUCAGCAUAUGAAAAUAAAUCAAUGUUUUCCGAGUCGAAUGCGAAUCAGCGUUCUAAUGAACCAAUUUCAACAAUUGAUGAAAUGCUCAAAUGGGAUCAACGGAAGAUUCAGUCGAACAAAAAAACAACUAAACUAUUUUCGGAUGACAACAAUAUGAAUGUCAGUGCAACAAGCACAAAGCCCUUCAUAAUGCCUGAUAUUUUGGAAAACGAAUUGUCGCAGGACCUGAAAAGAUCGAUAAUCUCAACAAAUGGCUAUAUGGAAACGGAUAUUGAUCAAACACCCCAAAGCCACGCUCUAACGGAUCGUCUCGUUUAUUAUCCCACGUUCAAUGGAAUUUCUGACUAUAACAGCAGCAAUAAUCUGGAUUAUUUGGGACUUUGUCAUCAGUCGAAUAAUCAUCAUCAGUCAUCAUCGUCGGUGUCAUCAUUGCACAUCAGUCAGCAUGAGCCGUCAAGCUCAAAGAAGUCGGCGGACUCUCAACAGCUUUAUUCGGCUCGAUCAUACAAAUCGUAUGGCAAAACCAUCGAAUCGAAGCCUCCUAAAGUUUGGAAUAAGUUGUCCAAUCUGUUGCCGGACAAUCUGAAACUGAAGCGAUAUACGAGAUAUAAACGCUCUCAGUCGCUGCCUGGUGGCGACGCCGGUAUUGGUCAGCGAAACUCACAAAUGCCGGUUCGUGGCCAGGCUGGUUCGUAUCCGUUUGCCAAAGGGACUGCUUCUGUCACUGGCACCUUGAGUGCAACAAUUGAUCCAAUUGGAAGUCAACGUGAGGACCUAACAAAGCGUAUUCAAAAAUUACCAAUGCGUAUAAUGCGACGAGCAACUGAUUCUAGUGCCGUUUUAGCUUCUAAGCAAAAGAAACAACGUUCAUUCUCUAACAAAAUGAAUAGGAUAAUGCAGAAGGCAAAAUCAUAUAAACGGCACAGCUUCAACCUGCGCCACGGAUCUAGCAUUUCAGAUACCGAAUUAGAAAACACAAUUUUUACACCUUCCGAGGAGGAGUCGACUAAUGAAAUUGACACCACAAGACACAAAGACAAUGAUUAUGAUUAUAAUAAUGGUGAUGAUGAUGACGAUGAUGAUGAAGAUGACGAUGAUGAUGAUGAGGAACAUCAGCACGAUUGGCAUAGUUCGAUUCCUACUGCGAGUGAUUCUUAUAUUGAGAAUAGCAAUGUGGAUGCUCGUGCUAAUCAGGAAAUUAAUCUGUUUGCUGUUGUUGGAGACUUAAAAAGAAAUGCUCUUAUUGCGGUCGAUGACCAGAAGUGGCAGAGCUUGGAAAGCUUCGAGCGACAGCAAGAAGAAGUCCUGCCGGAGAAGAAGGUAAAUGUCACUGCUCAACCAUUAAUUAGCUCAAGAGAUUACGAUGGAGUUGAUGCUGCUUCAGCUAUAUCAGCUAUUGCCUUAACUUCGGCUGAUGUCAGCGCAGCGUCUACCAUAGAUAUUGCUUCAACUUCUCCCUUAGAUGUUUCUAUAGUUGAUGCUUCGGAGGACAUCAAUGAUUGCUCGCAAGCAGCGUAUGAGCCUAAAAUAUUUAAUGUUCCCUCACUCAUGGUGGCAAUGACGUCGUCGGAUAUUAGCGAACCACAGUUAACUGAACAUAAUCAUCAAGAUCUACAACAGCAUCAGCAUCAUCAUGUGCAGUCGUUAGACAUACCUAACAGUCUCAACUAUGUCUCAUUGAGGGAGGACGAUGACAAUCGUAGUCAACAUUCCGGGCGCACGUUGUCCUCGUCACGUCGCCAGAGCACCGAGGAUAGCAUUGACACAGAUGACGAAUACUUUUGCUAUGAGCUGCGACAUUUGGAGGAGCUCGAAGCUGAAGCGUUGGCAAAAGCUGGGCCUGAGCAAAAUAGUUACGCGCAGCAUUCAGACAAUGAAGUUCUCUUUACGCAAAUUGGUCAGUUGGUGUUGGGGGAUAGCGUUUGUUGUACAGAAAGUACAGAAAGUGACUACGUCCCAGAUGAGACGGUUAAGCUCAGGAUGUCUGAGGUUUUGAACGAGCUAAGAUGCGUUGUUCAACUGAAACCGGCGGAUACAGAUGGUCGUCCUCCGAAGCCAGAUGAGUCCGAAUUACUGGGGAAACAGAAACAAAAAAAGUUAGUUCAAGUCUCAGAUAUGCAUAGAGCUUGGCAGGACGUUAAUAAUGAAUAUCAGCUGCCUAUCAGCUCCAAAUCACAAGAGAUAGCAAUAGGAACAGCAGCAUCAGUAGAAACACAAGUUAGCACACAAGUCAACAAAAAGAUGCAGCGAAAAGGCGACAUUUCAAAAACUACUAGCCAAAGACAGGACGAGUUGCAAUCGGCAUCAAGUUCAUCAUACUCAUCAAGCGACGAUGAGCAUGAGUACGAAUACAAGCAAAAGCACAGAUCAUACCCUCCACCCUCUCCUCUUCAGUUAGACGAUGAUCAGCCAAUUGAGUCAUCUAGUGCUACAUCUGGUCCGGAUACGCCAGCAGCUCAAAGUGAUGAAAUGGAUGACAAUUUAGAUGAAAAUGGUGCUGCCUAUGCGCAACCAGACACCGAUCCAGAUAUUGUUCAGAAGGAUAAUGCAGAAAAAGAAGCAGCUGCAUCCGCCGAGUUUCCAGAAGUGAGGUCCGAGCUAAUCGACAUACAUAAGAGCGUUGUGAAUGUAGCGAACUCCCCGGAGAGUAAUUUGCCAGCCGCCGAUUCGACAACAGUUGUCAAUGCGUCGCCUUUUAAGCUUAUUAGUUUUGACUCAAGUGUCGAGGGGUCUCAGGUGGCUGCCCCAAACAGUGCUGGCAUUAACUUGGGCACAAGCAAAUGGAAAUUGUUAAAAACUUUGAAGGAGCGUAAAAUCGAGGAGAGAAACAAUCUGGAUAAAAUGAAGGAAGAAGAAAUGACUAAAGACAAGGAGAAGAAUGGCACCGGCACAGGGGAUGUGGGCCUACGCUCCAAUGGGCAUCCGGGGGAUAAUCCAUUCUACAGCAAUAUUGACAGUAUGCCGGAUAUACGUCCACGGCGUAAAUCAAUUCCCCUUGUUUCUGAGCUGGUGCUCAAGACAAUGGCAGCCACAAAACGGAAUGCUGGACUCACAUCAGCAGUGCCCCGGGCAACGCUCAAUGAUGAAGAACUGAAAAUGCACGUCUAUAAAAAGGCACUGCAGGCGCUCAUAUAUCCAAUAUCUUCGACGACUCCACAUAAUUUUGUACUUUGGACGGCUACCUCGCCGACUUACUGCUAUGAGUGCGAGGGAUUGCUGUGGGGCAUCGCAAGGCAGGGAGUGCGGUGCACAGAGUGCGGGGUUAAAUGCCACGAGAAGUGUAAGGACUUAUUGAAUGCCGACUGUCUACAACGUGCCGCUGAGAAGAGCUCCAAGCAUGGUGCCGAGGAUAAGGCCAAUUCGAUAAUUACAGCAAUGAAGGAUCGGAUGAAGCAACGCGAGCGGGAAAAACCGGAAAUAUUUGAGUUGAUCAGAGCCGUGUUCAGUAUCGAAGAGAAGAGCCAUACCGGCCAUAUGAAGGCUGUGAAGCAGAGCGUCCUCGAUGGAACCAGUAAAUGGUCGGCAAAGAUCGCAAUUACAGUGAUUUGUGCUCAAGGCCUGAUAGCGAAGGAUAAAAGCGGUACCAGUGAUCCAUAUGUGACGGUGCAGGUUAGCAAGGUGAAAAAGCGUACACGCACAAUGCCGCAGGAGCUAAACCCUGUGUGGAACGAGAAGUUUCACUUCGAAUGUCACAACUCUUCAGAUCGUAUAAAAGUUCGAGUUUGGGAUGAGGAUAAUGAUCUUAAGUCGAAAUUGCGACAGAAGUUGACGCGGGAAUCCGAUGAUUUUCUGGGCCAAACAAUCAUAGAGGUUCGAACUCUCUCUGGUGAAAUGGAUGUGUGGUACAACCUAGAGAAGCGCACCGACAAGUCUGCCGUAUCGGGUGCUAUACGACUCCAUAUCUCGGUUGAAAUAAAGGGUGAGGAGAAGGUAGCACCUUAUCAUGUCCAAUACACCUGUUUGCAUGAAAAUCUCUUUCACUACCUGUGUGAGGAAAACAGCGGCAUGGUAAAGCUACCCACCCAAAAAGGCGAUGAUGCAUGGAAGCUCUACUUUGAUGAAAUUCCCGAAGAAAUUGUAGACGAGUUUUCAAUGCGUUAUGGUAUCGAAAAUAUAUAUCAAGCAAUGACUCAUUUUCACUGCCUUUCCGCUAAGUAUCUCUGCCCGGGAGUUCCAGCCGUCAUGAGCACUCUGUUGGCGAAUAUUAAUGCAUAUUACGCCCACACGACCGCUUCUUCUGCGGUUUCAGCCAGUGAUCGUUUUGCAGCUAGCAACUUUGGAAAGGAAAAGUUCGUAAAACUGCUUGAUCAGCUGCAUAAUUCGUUAAGGAUUGAUCUAUCGAUGUACAGAAAUAACUUUCCUGCUUCGAGUCAAGAAAAACUAAUGGAUCUAAAGUCAACAGUUGAUCUCUUGACUAGCAUUACAUUUUUCCGCAUGAAGGUACAAGAGCUGUCGAGUCCUCCAAGAGCAAGUACAGUUGUGAAAGAUUGCGUGAAAGCUUGUCUUAGAUCCACCUAUCAAUUCCUCUUUGAGAACUGUUACGAGCUCUACAAUAGGGAGUUUCAGGUGGAUCCAAACGAAGCGAAACGUGAUACUGAUGACCAUGGCCCAAAACUAGAUAGCGUUGACUUCUGGCAUAAGCUGAUUGCAUUGAUUGUAUCUGUUAUCGAUGAAGACAAAAAUAGUUAUGGGGCAGUGCUCAAUCAAUUUCCCCAGGAAUUGAACAUCGGACAGCUAUCGGCAGCUACCAUGUGGGGCCUUUUCGCCGUAGACAUGAAGUACGCGCUUGAAGAGCAUGAGCAGCAUCGGCUUUGCAAGUCAUCUGCUUACAUGAACUUGCACUUUCGUGUCAAAUGGCUAUAUAGUAACUAUGUUAAGGAGGUGCCACCCUAUAAAGGAGCUGUGCCGGAGUAUCCAGCUUGGUUUGAGCCGUUUGUCAUGCAAUGGCUAAAUGAAAAUGACGAUGUCUCGUUAGAAUACCUUCAUGGUGCAUUUAAUAGGGAUAAAAAGGACGGCUUCCAAAAGAGCAGCGAACAUGCCCUGUUCUCGAAUUCUGUAGUCGACGUUUUCACACAACUGACGCAAUGCUUCGAUGUUGUUAGCAAGCUCGAGUGUCCAGAUCCAGAAAUUUGGAAACGUUACAUGAGGCGUUUUGCUAAAACAAUCGUUAAAGUGCUAAUUGCCUAUGCUGAUAUUGUGAAAAUGGAGUUUCCAGAGCAUAUGAGGGACGAACGAAUUGCCUGCAUUCUGAUGAACAACAUACAACAGUUAAGGGUUCAAUUGGAGAAAAUGUUCGAGUCCAUGGGUGGGGAUAAGUUGGAGGAGGACGCAGCCAACAUUUUAAAAGAACUACAACAGAACCUUAACUCAGCCCUUGACGAUUUGGCUUCACUGUUUGCUAUAAGUUUGGAGCCACGUAUAACACAAUCGGUGCGUGAGCUGGGCGACAUGCUUCUGUCGAUUAAGGGAGGAAGUGGAAAUCUCACAGCCGGCAAUCAGGCAAUCCAGCGAAACGCAGUAGCUGUGGAGGCUGAUGAUGUGUUGAGGCCUCUAAUGGACUUACUUGAUGGAUCUUUAACUUUGUAUGCCCAGUCGUGUGAAAAGACAGUGCUGAAGCGCUUGCUUAAAGAACUUUGGAAGAUAGUGAUGCGAAUUUUGGAAAAAACUAUUGUACUGCCACCAAUGACUGAUAAAACUAUGAUGUUCAAACAUUUAACGGAUAAUGCAAAGAAUUUGGCAUCAAACGCCAAAAUAGAAGACAUGGGACGUUUGUUUAAGUCACAUAUGGCAGGAAAACAGGAUGUGAAAAGUGCUCUUAGCGGUGUUAUGGAUAUAUCAAAGGAAGUCGAAAAGAACCUAUCUCCUAAACAAUGUGCCGUACUUGACGUUGCCUUAGAUACAAUUAAACAAUAUUUCCACGCUGGUGGUAAUGGCCUCAAAAAGACAUUUUUAGAAAAGUCCGCAGAGUUGCAGAGCUUGCGAUAUGCACUUAGCUUGUAUACGCAAAUGACAGACACUCUGAUUAAGACAUUCAUCUCAAGUCAGGUGCAUGAAGUUGAUCCAGAAAAUGCAGAUGAAAGUGUUGGUGAAAUAUCCGUGCAGAUAGAUCUUUUUUCACAUCCGGGCACAGGAGAGCACAAAGUGAACGUGAAAGGUAAGUCGAAGACAAAUGAGCUUAUUUGUUUUGUUAAAAUUUUCCUGAUCCGGCUACUAGGGGCGCGGCAAAUGCGGAAGGAUAUACCACGUGUAAACUGCUGUGGAUGCUAUGGGUAUUAA